AUGGCAAAACCCGAUGCCCGUAUGGGCAAAAUUCUGGCGUCGUCAGCCACGGGCACAAGCUUUUUGAUCUUAAUUCAAUUAGCGUCCAGGAUAUUUACCUUUGCCUCGAACCAAUUGAUUUUGCGCACCCUUUCACCGGUAGUGCUAGGAAUAGCAGCACAACUGGAGCUCUUCCAGGUUUCUAUCCUGUAUUUCUCAAGGGAAAGUAUUCGGAUGGCUAUCCAAAGGCAGCCUGUUCCAUCUUCGCCUGACAACAAAAAACUUUCCUCUGAUGCAGAUGCUGUAGCAACGGAUUCGCAGUCUGUGGCAUCUCAAGCGGUGGUAAACGUGUCCUACUUGAGCCUCGCCCUUGGGAUUCCUUGCAGUCUUAUGUUCACUAUGCUUUACCAGCGCUUCGUGCCAGAGGAAGCAUCAAAGACCGCCUUCUUCUACCCCAGUGUGAUCUUGAUCGGCGCUGCAUCUCUCAUAGAACUCAGCACCGAGCCCUUUUUCUCAGUGGUGCAGCAACAUAUGCUUUAUGAAAAACGCGCUGCUGUUGAAAUGCCAGCGGCAUUUCUGAGAAGUGCGGUGACAUCCUUUGCCUUCAUAUAUGCUUCUCAAGUCAACUUUGACCUCGGCGUGCUACCAUUUGCUCUUGGUCACCUCAGUUACUCGCUGGUCCUCAUUUGUGGCUAUUCGCUGGCCCUGCUCAGAGAAACCAACGGAACUCGGUUCUCUUUCUUAUUGACACGUAUACGAACCAGGGACCCCUCCAACUACUUUCUGGGACUAUUUUCACGACAGCUAACGUCAAUUGCUGCGAAUGUCUUUUUCCAAUCUCUAGUGAAGCAUUUGCUCACGCAGGGCGACACUAUGAUGCUCGCAGCCCUUUCAGGACUGGAAGAUCAGGGCAUAUAUUCUCUUGCGUCGAACUAUGGCGGGCUCAUUGCACGGAUCAUCUUCCAGCCGCUGGAGGAGAGCAGCCGGAACUUAUUCUCAGCCCUACUCAGCCCCGAUGAGGAUGGGAAGCUGAACAAUAUCCAUAUCCGCACUACCAGAGAUCAUCUUGUAGAUAUUCUACGCGCGUACCAGUUGUUGUCAGUCUUGAUAUUCCCGUUGGGCCCACUGAUGGUUCCUCAAUUGUUGCAUAUCUUGGGAGGCCGUCAAUGGGCUUCCCCCAAAAUCGGGGACCUACUCUCCGUCUAUUGCUACUACAUUCCAUUUUUGGCAUUUAAUGGGAUCACCGAAGCGUUCGUAUCAUCCGCGGCAAAUUCGCAACAAAUACGGAAGCAAACGGCGUGGAUGGGUGUCUUUUCCGCCUGUUAUGCCUUGGCGGCCUAUAUGUUCCUAGAGGUAGGGAGCUUGGGUGCAUAUGGAUUGGUCCUGGCCAACAUUGUGAACAUGGCGGUUCGAACCUUUUGGAGUUACAGUUUCAUCAAAUCUUACUUCCAUCGAAAUGGAUGCAGCUUGUACACGAGUGAGGUCGCCAUUCGACCUGCUAGCUUCAUUCUGUGUGCUCUGGCGAGCUUGUUCUUGGGCCGCGGAUUUGGCCUGGAAUUGGGAAUUAUCAAAGCAUGCGCCUUAAGUGGUGGCUAUGCCCUCGUAAUGUGA